UUCCAAUAAACCGAAGUCUUGUUGUAUUGGACGUUCUGGUAAAAGAGAAGGAAUUAUUCCGAAUAAACCACAUAGAUGUUAUCGUUUGGGCGUUUAAAUUAACCGCAGCUGCGCUUAGGGAAAGAGAUCAUUAGACGAAAAUAUGAUUAUUAUUAUUAGAUAUUAAAUAAUUGGCGCGUGUUUCCGGAAUGUUUUCACAGGAUCGUUUAGUGUUAAUUAAUUAACGGAAUAUUGUUUUGUAGAUGUUAACCACAGUUACACGCUUGGACCCGUGCGAGUAAGGAUACACUGUUGCAUAUUAUACAUUUCGCCAAAGUUAGUCCGUUCUUUGGAAUUAUUAAACCGUGCUGUGAAUAACAGAUAUCACGUGUCAUGUAUAGUUUAAAAAUUGAAAGAUAAAUGUGUUUUUCAGAAGAAGUCGGAUAAGUAUUUCAGUUUUGCUUACAUCUGGAAUAAUCUUAUUUAACAUGAUAUAAAUAUCAGCAAAAUAUCUUGAUAACACAGAAACGGAUAUGUAGAACUUUCGAUAUUACGAACAACCUAAAUAGCGUUUAGCGUUUCAAGUUGACAUUGGUCCAGAAAUGACGGAGGUAGAAACCGAGUUCGAUAGUCGCUAUGACGACGUUGAUGUUGAAAGUAUCCUUGCGCGUUGCCGAAGAAAGGUCCCGAUGAAUUUUUCUAGGAAAACUUGUUUAUAUCAAGCCCCAGAAUUUAUCAAACGGCUCCCGGCUACUGAGGAAGUUGAAGAAGGGAGCACCGUUUCUUUCACGUGCAAAGUUGCCGGGAUUCCAAAACCAACUGUCACGUGGUAUAGAGAUGAAGAUAUAAUUGGUCCAGACUCACGUGCAAAAGUUGAUGCAGAGGAUUCUGGGAUACAUUCCAUCCAUAUCAAAGAUGUGUCUAAAUGUGAUGCGGGGAUUUACAAAAUUCAGGCAUCAAAUUUGGAAGGUUCGUCCAAAAGUAUGCUGUAUAUAUCCGUAAAAGCGAGGUCUAAGCGACGAAAUAAGAAGAAAUCAAAAAGAUCAAUGAACAUCGCCAGGUCACCCCUUUUCCCCGCUAUUAUUGAACGUGUUGCGGAGGAACAGAAAGAAACACUGGAAAAUGAACGCCAACCGGAGUCGCCUUUAACCCCGAUUUAUUGUACUAUUUCGAGAAAAGCUCCAGUUAUAUGGCCUGUGUUUUUGGGAGACUGGGCGUACAAUGAAGACGAGGCUCUUCAUCAAGGUGAGAUAGAAGAACUCGGUAUAGGAUGUGAGGAUGUCUUCGACACUGAAGUGGAUAACGCAAUGUCAGGAAGUCUAACAUUUGUAAGUGCAGCAUAUACACACAUGUGUGACCCUGCUUCGAAAAUUAAUUCAUCUAACACAGAAGUUAAUGGGUUACUGGAGACUAGAAAUAUAAGACUACCAGAUGUGGGGGUAGAUUGUGCUGCAGAUUCACUAAACAUGUAUGAAGAAGCUAAUGUGAAAAAUGAAUUCUCGGAACUUCAUCCGACACAAACUGUUUGCAAAAAGGAUCAUUUGUCGGAAGAAAGCUCUGCAACCUGUGAUAUGUUAAACAAUAAUGACAAAGAUAUAGCAGGCAAUUAUGCAAGCAAUGAUUGGGAACAACCUUCACAUUCACAAACAAAUUUGAUACAUCAAACGGCAUUAAAAUCAAAGUAUUGUGACCCUAGUUCGGUGUCCAUAAUAUCUGUUCAUAGGUCUUACGCUAAAGGUGACUCUACUUCAAGUGUGGCUAGACGAAGUCCAUCCCCGUUUUCACAAUCGCGUAGUUCAAUUAAUGGUGUGAAUAAUUGCCAUUCUGACUGUACGGAUACAUCUACCUUACAGAAUUUAAACAACGAACGUAUAUUACACAGAAUGAACAAAGAGACAUCGUUGUGCCAUAAAUGUUGGCAUCUUCUCUGUUCUUUUGCGACAACUACAAAGUGGGAAAAUUAUUUAUGGGAAAUCAUUUUUUUCAUUAGCGGAAGUACAUUUAUGGCCUUAUGUUUUGACCUUCCACCAACGACAUUUAUCUACUAUAUACUCGUCGCUAUGUGUGUUAAAAUGGCGCUGUAUUUAGUUCUUGGGGAUUUGUAAAAUAUUUAUAUGAUAUAAUAGAAACAUCAAUCGGCAACAUGAUGUGAAAGGCUGGUGGCGGACGAAGAACUCUUUGCAAUGAACUAACCCGUCGCUAGUCCUACAGUUUUUUUCAUUCUGUGUUAUGCAGUAAAGAUCUCCGUGGUAUUGUUUUAGCAUUAUAAUUAUAAUUAUUUUUUUUUUUUAAUUUUUGCUUAUUUAUUUUAUUUAAAUACAUACAUACUUGUAUGUCACUCAGAUGUUUAGGCCGCUCAGACAAUAAGGUAACUAAAGAAUACUUUUAUUGUUAGAAGAUUAAUGUUAAACAUUAGUAUACUCCUGGUUAAAUUUGACGAAGACAGGAGGUAUUCAUAGUAACAGGUAUUAUUUUUAAGCACAUUGUACGUUUAUAAAUUUUUAGGCUCAAAUAAACUUGAGUGAUAUAGAAAAGUACCAUUUGAAUUUGACUUCCUUCAUUUACUUACGGAUGCAUUAUUACCUCACUUGAAAUACAUCUUUUUAAUAGCUCUGAUUAAUCAUUCUAAGGGACUUCAGACCAUUAUCUGUCUUGUCAUAAAACAAUGGCAAUUUAUAUCAUAAAUUUUGUAUAUCUUACUUUUGAAAGGCUCUAUUUCAGAUUUAUAUUUUUAAAAACUGUAUUCAUCUGUUUGGCAAUAGAAGCUUCCAUUUAUGAGUCUACGUCUGUGUUCGUGAGAAAGGUGCAAGUUGAAAUAUAUAGGCUACUAAAAUGAUUCAGUGACCGGAAGAAGCAGGUGCUUGUAAUAGAAAUACAUGAUACACAUUGAAUUGCAUAGGCUUACAAGACAUGAUACAGUGAUACCAUUCUUAUUGCUUCCGUAUAUCCAAGUGAGCUACUUAGGGCCGUUUGUUAAUCUUAAUAUUUUAUUGUUUCACGUUUAUGCAAAAUAUAUUGUUAAAUAUUACAGGUAGAUAUUGUGUUGUUUCUUUAAAAAAAUUUAACUAUGUUUUAAUAAAAGUUAUAUACUUGUUA